AUGAGCGGCCCCGCGGUUAACAAGAUUGCCCCCAACAGCCCCUCGAGGGCCAACCCCUCCGAGCUCGAGCAGAGCAUCGCCCAGGCUCUGUACGACCUCGAGAGCAACACCGCCGACCUCAAGGUCGCCCUCCGCCCUCUGCAGUUCGUCUCUGCCCGCGAGAUCGAGGUUGGCCACGGCAAGAAGGCUGUUGUCAUCUUUGUCCCCGUUCCUUCCCUGCAGGGCUUCCACCGCGUCCAGCAGCGCCUCACCCGUGAGCUCGAGAAGAAGUUCUCCGACCGCCACGUCCUGAUCCUGGCCUCCCGCCGCAUCCUCCCCCGCCCCAAGCGCUCCGCCCGCUCCCGCAACACCCAGAAGCAGAAGCGCCCCCGCUCCCGCACCCUCACCGCCGUCCACGACGCCAUCCUCACCGACCUCGUCUACCCCGUCGAGAUCGUCGGCAAGCGCCUCCGCACCAAGGAGGACGGCUCCAAGCUCCUCAAGGUCAUCCUCGACGAGAAGGAGCGCGGCGGCGUCGACUACCGCCUCGACACCUACUCCGAGGUCUACCGCCGUCUCACCGGCCGCGGCGUCACCUUCGAGUUCCCCCAGAGCGGUGCCUCUGACUUCUAA